UUUAAAGGGAUAGUAUGGUAAGCCUACAUACGAUUGAUGCUUAGCACACAGUCACCUGGCAAACCCAUUAUCAGUUUGGGUGGAGUUUCCAGAUCACCCUGAUAUUUUCCAACUAAAUCUGCUUCAUUCUGACUCUUUGCUGUAACCUGUCUACUAACGUGCUGUACGAAGACAACCUGCACUAACAUACUAACAUGUUUCCUGGAAACUAUCAGGCUCAAGGAACCAUAUUCCCAAACCCAAACAGUGAUCCCAUGAUGGAUGCACAAAUGAUUGACGGGGCACUUCAAGGAUUUGGUUGUGACAAGGACGUCUUGAUAAAUAUUCUUACCCAGCGCUGCAAUGCACAAAGAAUUAUUAUUGCUGAAGCCUAUGGGAGUUUGAAUGGCAGGAAUUUGCUUGACGACUUGAGAGAAAAACUUGAUGGCCAUUUCAAGGAUGUCAUGGUGGGUUUGAUGUACUCUUUUCCAGCUUACGAUGCCCAUGAGCUCUACCAUGCAAUGAAGGGAGUCGGGACAGAGGAAAACUGCCUUAUUGAUAUUUUAGCAUCGAGAACUAGUACAGAUAUAUUUCAGCUGAAGCAAGUCUAUUUAAUGCAAUAUGGCAACAAUCUGGAGGAAAGCAUCUCUUCGGAAACCUCAGGGCAUUUUAGAGAUGCUUUAAUAAACUUGGUUCAGGGAGUAAGAGUGGAAGGAUAUCCAGAUCCUGGUGUAGCAGCUCAGGAUGCAAUGGUUCUCUGGGACGCAUGUCAAAGAAGAACAGAUGAACACAAAAACAUGAUGCAGCUGAUUUUAUGUAACAAAAGCUACCAGCAAUUAUGGAUGGUUUUCCAAGAAUUUCUGAAUAUCUCUGGACAAGAUAUAGCAGUAGCUAUUGAACAAUGCUAUGAUGGAUACUUUAAGCAGCUGCUCUUGGCCAUAGUAUCCUGUAUUCGGGACAAACCAUCAUAUUUUGCACACAGACUUCACUCUGCAAUUCAUGAUUUUGGUUUUCACAAUAAAACUGUUAUAAGGACCAUAAUAGCCAGAAGUGAAAUAGACCUAAUAAGCAUCAGACAGAGAUACAAGGAGAGAUAUGGACAUUCCCUCUUCCAUGACCUUAAGCAUUUUGCGUCGGGACAUUAUGAAAAAGCUUUGCUUGCCAUAUGUACUACGGAGGGACAAGACUACUGAGAUAUAAACAAUCUGGACACCAUUUCAUUUUAAAAUUACUGGAUAAACUGAAAAACAUUGCUUUGCUGAAAUGAUCAGAGUUGCUAAUGCAUUAGUCCAAUCAAAAGCAACAGUUGUGAUGAUUAAAAUGUUCUAAUAAAGAGGAAUUGAAAAUUUCUGGGGAGGGAAAACAACAAAUGAAAGUUACACAAAAGAUUUGUCUAUUUUGAAAGCCAAAUAAAUGUUGAUUCUUACCUCA